GGAAGUUCCCUUGUCGCUCCCAUCAUCCCGCCUGCCCUAGUAGCUGUCGGCUGGCGGGGCCGGGGCCGCCAUGAGCAAGCGGAAGGCGCCGCAGGAGAGCCCCAAUGCGGGGAUCACAGACUUCCUGAGCGAGCUGGCGAACUACGAAAAGAACGUGAACCGAGCCAUCCACAAGUACAACGCAUACAGAAAAGCAGCUUCUGUAAUAUCCAAGUAUCCAAGCAAGAUCAAAAGUGGAGCUGAAGCAAAGAAGCUGGAAGGAGUAGGGGCUAAAAUAGCUGAGAAGAUUGAUGAGUUUUUAUCCACUGGAAAACUACGUAAGCUUGAAAAGAUUCGACAGGAUGAUACAAGCUCAUCUAUCAAUUUCCUGACCCGAGUUAGUGGCAUAGGUCCUUCUGCAGCUAGGAAGCUUGUGGAUGAAGGGAUAAAGACAUUGGAAGAUCUAAGGAAAAAUGAACACAAGCUAAAUCAUCAUCAGCGAAUUGGGCUAAAAUAUUUUGAAGACUUUGAGAAAAGAAUCCCUAGAGAAGAGAUGUUACAGAUGCAGGAAAUUGUAUUGAAAGAGGUUAAGAAACUGGACCCCGAAUAUAUUGCUACAGUCUGUGGCAGUUUCAGGCGAGGUGCGGAAUCAAGUGGGGAUAUGGAUAUUCUCCUGACCCAUCCAAGUUUCACUUCUGAAUCAACCAAACAGCCAAAGCUUGUGCACCAAGUUGUAGAACAAUUGAAAAAAAUCCACUUUGUCACGGACACAUUGUCAAAGGGUGAUACGAAAUUCAUGGGUGUAUGUCAGUUGCCAAGCGAAGAAGAUGGAACCAAUUAUCCAUACAGGAGAAUUGAUAUCAGGCUGAUCCCCAAGGAUCAAUAUUAUUGUGGGGUACUUUACUUCACAGGCAGUGACAUAUUCAAUAAGAACAUGAGAACUCAUGCCCUGGAAAUGGGUUUCACAAUCAACGAGUACACAAUCCGGCCCUUGGGAGUUACUGGAGUUGCUGGGGAGCCCCUCCCAGUAGAGAGUGAAAAGGAUAUCUUUGACUACAUACAGUGGAAGUAUCGAGAGCCAAAAGAACGGAGUGAAUAACUUGCAUUCAUAGGUUCACUAGCUAGUGCUCACUUAUUUUGUAGCUUUUAUGAAUAAUCAUCGGAGUCAAAACUAGGUGCAUAUUUAUUGCUUGAACGUUACUUCAGAAGGUGUGUAUUACUGACACUGUUUUUAAACAAUGGUUCCAUGGCACUAGAGUAAAAUGUGUUGUAAAAAUUAAAUCACCUAACAUUGCAA